AUGAAACAAGAUAAAAGAGAAAUGGUUGAAAGAUAUAAUUAUAGACCAAUACACCUACAUAUUUAUAUCAUGAUAUUAAUACUCAUACCAAUCAGUAUAAAGACGAGUUUUAAUAGAGAAUUAACGGUGUUAAUCUUAUUUGCCUCAUUUUUAAUGAAACUGAGUACAUAUUGGAACAUAAAAUCUCUUUUAAUACAAUGUUAUAGCUACAAUAUUAAUGGUGAGUACUUGUUCUAUCAGGAUACACUAUGUAGAUUAGUUAAGAUAAAGGAAGGAUUUAAAUUUAUAUUUAAUAACAAUAUAUACUUACUUAUUAGUGGUAAAAUUGAAAAACUUAAAUUUUACGAGUGUACCAGUAAUGAAAUAAUUAAUUUGAAGAUAAAACAUGACAAAUAUGAUAUUUAUCCAAAUAACAAAAUAAUAAUUAAGAGAGAUAGUUUCUUUGAAUUGUUAUUUAAACAAUGUAUAUCACCUAUGUUUUGUUUUCAGAUAUUUACAUCAAUAUUACAGAUAUUUGAUGAUUACUUUUAUCAGCCACUUCUAGGAAUAUUCUUUAAUAUUGUAACUGAGAUUAUGAUGACUGUAAAUAAGAUGGUUACAGUUAAAAUGAUGGGACAAUACAAGAAAACAGCCAGUAGAAAAUUCAAACUUUUAUACUUUGGUAAUGAUUAUCGAAAUAUAAAAAAGUUGAACGUUUCACAAGAAAAAUUAAAAACAGGUGAUAUUAUUGAAAUUAAAGAAGGUAUAAUUCCAUGUGAUUUAAUUAUAAAGAGUGGAUCAUGUGUUGUUAAUGAAUCAAUUUUAUCUGGUGAAUCAGUACCAAUAAUAAAAAAUAGUAUUUUAAUGGAUGUGAGUAUAAAUAAAAAUAAUAUUUUAUACUCAGGAACUGAAAUUGAAACAGUAACAGAGAACUUGGUUUGUUAUGUAAAGAACACUGGUUAUUACACUGAGCAGGGUAAACUGUUAAAUACUAUUAUAAAAUCCGAAGACAUAACUUAUGAUAAGGAAGCACUUAAAUUUGUUAUAAUCAUGUCUAUAAUAGGAUUAAUUAAUUCUUUAUUAUUGCCAUUUUUUAGUAAAAAGAAAGGUUAUCAGUUAUUAUUAGAUAUGAUAAUACUUUUUACUAAUUCAAUACCAAUUGAGUUACCUAUAGAAAUGGGAAUUAGUUUACAAUCUGCUGUUAAAGAAUGUUUAAGUAAAAAAAUCUAUUGUACUGAGUCUUACAGGAUUGGAUUAGCGGGUAAGUUAGAUGUGUGUUGUUUUGAUAAGACUGGUACACUUACGAAUUCAGAUGUAGAAAUUAAUUCGAUAAUAUAUGAUACUGAAUACACCAACAAGAUAUUAUCAUUUUGUAAUUCAUUGAUAUUUAAUUCCGAUUUAGAAAAGUUAACAGUGGAUGAUUUAAAAGGUGAUAUUUUAGAUAAGACGAUAGCGUUACAUUUAAAUAAGUUAAAACAAUUAUUUGAGUAUGAGGUAAUAAAAAACUAUGGAUUUAGUAGCGAGUUAAAGAGACAAACGGUUGUAGUUAAAGAAAAUGAUAAAUAUCUUAUAGGAGUUAAGGGAGCACCAGAAGUUAUCAUUAAACAUUUGAAAGAAAUACCUCAUUGUUAUGAAGAUUAUAAAGAGUAUGCUAGAAGAGGAUAUAGAAUAAUAUCUAUUGCACAUAAAGUAGUUGAAUCCUUUGAUAAAUCACCAUUCGAUUAUGAGUUAAUUGAAGAUUUGAUAUUUGAUGGAUUUAUUUUGUUUAAUAGUUCAUUAAAGCCUUAUGCUAAAGAAAUGUGUAAAAUACUUAGAAAUAGUAAGCAUAAAGUUGUAAUGAUUACAGGAGAUAAUAAACUAACUGCUAUGAAUAUAGCAGAGAAAUUAAGAAUGAAACCAGUUGGUGUUGAAGGAGAAAAUAUCAAUGAAAUAUUAAAAAGUGAUACUUUUAUGAAAUUUAACGUAUUUGCUAGAGCCAGUCCUAAUCAGAAGGAAUUGAUAAUUCGAAAGUAUAAAGAAUUAAAUAAAUGUGUAAUGAUGGUAGGUGAUGGAUCUAAUGAUAUAAGUGCACUUAAAAUAUCAGAUGUAGGUGUGUCUAUAAUUGAUGGUGAUCAAACUAAAAAUAAUGAAUCAACUGAUUUAAACAACAAUCUAAUCAUUUAUUCAUCACCAUUUACAGUAAAAUCAAACAGUCUUAAAUCAAUUAUUGAGAUAAUUCAACAAGGUAGAUUAUCUGCUAUAACAACAUUACAAAUGUAUAAGAUUAUAGCUUUAAAUAGUUUAAUUUCAGUGUUUAUUACUGGAAUAAUAGAUUUAUAUGAUGUGAGAUUCACUGAGAAACAAAGUGUAGCUAUGGGAUUAUUAAAUACAAUAGCAUUUAAUUCAAUAUCAAGAGGUAAAGUAUUGAAAUAUAUUUCUAAGGGUAGAGUAAUUACUUCAAUAUUCACUAAGUAUGUAAUUAAUUCAAUUGUAUCACAAUCUCUAUUACAUUUAAUUGUAUUUCUUUCUUUAUUAUUUUAUUUUAAUAGAAACUCAAAUUCUAUUGUUAUUAAUAAUUUAGAUGUUUUAUCAAACUUUAAUAAGGAAAUUAAAAAAGAAAAUGUUGAUGGAAAGGAUUUAGUUCUUAAUAAUUUGUUAUUCUUAUUAAACAUAUUUCAAGUGAUAUCAAUUUACACUUUUAAUUACAUUGGAGCACCAUUUAGAGAGAAUUUAUUUGAAAAUAACAUAUUAUUUUUAACUUUAUUAGGAUUGAUAUCAGUUGGUGUAUGUGGAAUAUUUAAUGUUAUACCAGACAUUAAUCAAUUAUUAUCUUUAACUGAUUUAAGAGGAUUCAAAGGAGUAUUAUUAGGACUUUCUUUUAUCUUAUUAAUUGUUACUUAUUUUAUCGAAUAUUUUAACUCUAAAUAUUUUAUGAUUAAAAAAUAA